GCGGCUGCGCCCCGCGAGCCGAGGGCAGAGCGCCUCAGGCCCAGCCGGCCUCAGCCGGCCCCAGCCGGCGCCAACCGGUCCCCUCAGCCCACACACCAUCGCUGACGACGCCUCUUCCUCCUCCUCCUCGUCGUCGUCGUCGUCGGGCCGGUCGCCAUGGCGGCCGAGGCGCUCCCCGAGCGGGCGGAUUUCAGCGAGGACGAUUUCUACUGCCCGGUCUGUCAGGAGGUGUUGAAGACCCCCGUGAGGAUCACCGCCUGUCAGCACGUUUUCUGUAGAAAAUGUUUCCUGACUGCUAUGAGGGAAAGUGGAGUACAUUGCCCCUUCUGCCGAGGAAAUGUGACUAGAAGAGAAAGAGCAUGUCCCGAAAGAGCUUUAGACAUUGAAAACGUCAUGAGGAAGUUCUCUGGCAGCUGCAGAUGCUGUGCCAAACAGAUUAAAUUCUAUCGGAUGAGGCAUCACUACAAAACCUGUAAGAAGUAUCAAGAUGAAUAUGGUGUUUCUUCUGUCAUUCCAAACUUUCCAAUCUCCCAAGAUUCAGCAGGGAAUAGUAAUCGGAGUGGAACAUCUACAGCUGAUAACACAGAAUCGCUUCCAAGAGAGUCGAGUGCAAGUGUGCAUCCCACAUUUAAGUGUCCCUUGUGUCAAGAAACCAACCUGACAAGGCAGCGUUUACUGGAUCACUGUAAUAGUAGCCACCUCUUUCAGAUUGUUCCUGUGACAUGUCCUAUUUGUGUGUCUCUUCCAUGGGGCGAUCCUAGCCAGAUUACUAGAAAUUUUGUUAGCCAUCUAAAUCAGAGACAUCAGUUUGAUUAUGGUGAAUUUGUGAACCUUCAACUAGAUGAGGAGACGCAAUACCAAACUGCUGUUGAGGAGUCUUACCAACUGAAUUUCUAGAAGUGUAGUCACCUGCCUCGCCUGCCUGCCAUUGCCACCUGUAAGAAAAAACUUCGUGAUUCACGUUUCAACAGCCUGAAGUGUACAUAAAUAAAACAGAAUUCAAUAUCUUGUUUGUUUUUUCAGUCGCAAAAAUAGGGUUUUGGUUUUUUUUUUACACCGUACCCUCCUUUUGAUCAAAUAAUAUGAGGUUAUGGUAUUGUAACAUAAAGGAGUUUUUUCCACCAUGGUAAUGGUGAAAAUUUAGUCAGUGUUGAUGUAAAUGUUGUACCUUUAUUCUUUUUUGCAUUAAAUUUCUUUGCUCUUCUCAUUUGUAUGUUGUGAGGUUUUCCCACUGUUUGUUCACUGUACAGUAAAUAACAUUAGUAAAAUAGGAAAAAACAAAAUGGAUGUUAGCUCUUGUCUGAGCCAGUAAUAAUUGUACAAUAGAAACUUUGAAAAUGUUCCGGUUAUUCAAUAUUUCUUAGGGUGGUUUCUAGUUCAGGAAUUUAUUAGGAAAAAAAAAUGCAUGUACAUGUUUUUUGGUAUUUUGAAGGUAGUGAGAUCUCUUGAACGUUAACUUUUAAAAAACGAAAACAAAUGUUAUUUUUAGAUAUGGAGUAUUUGCCACUCGGUUUCACUUCCCACCUGGUGAAAGAACCGGUGUACUAGUAGCAGGCGGAAAAUAGAGUUCAAAUACUGUUGGGCAAUUUGAAGUGGGUAGUUGAGUCCCUUGACUGAAAGGAGCUCUUUGACCCAAAAAUGCAAUGCAGUUACCAUCGGCCCUCAGACUUUGAUAGCAAGUGCUCAGAGGAGUUAAGGGAGCAGUGACUUGGGCAAGAUUUUUCAAGGAAGCGGUAUCAAAGUGACAUUUGUCCCCUUCCCUAUGUCAAUUUUAUUAUUCCUAAAGUUCCAUUUUAUUAUUCUUAAAGAUCAAAUGUAAAUGCUCUACUUUUUUGGCACUUUACAGGUAGCAUGAGGAUCUGUAGUAUCAACCGACUGGGGUUAUCAUAAAGUAACAUGGAGGUUAGACGAUCUUACUGUACGGGGUUAAGUAUCCUCUCUCCAUUGAAACCCAUUCAACAAGCGAGGUGCUAAGUUGCUUAUGUGUGUGUGUCUCGCAUUUUAGAGGGUAAAAAUGUUUGGGUGAUUCAGGAGAGCGUCCCCCGGCUCUACCCUGAGUACAGCCGAGUUGAUUAUCCUCACUAGCGACAGUGUUGAGUGCCAGCCCCCUGCAUCACAACACAUCUGGGAGGGCGUGAAUCACUGCAGAGGAGAAAAAGGGGGACUAUUUAAUAUUCCAUGCUUUAUGUACUGUUUAUGCUACCUUCAAAAAUGAGCAGAUAAUGGAGACCUCAAACCAGUUUGCUGCUAAUAUUUGUAAAAAGAUCUAUUUUGAUUUUGUUAAAAAAAUCUCCAGAAUGUUAACUUUUUUAUAGUGAACAUUUCUAACUGAUUUAAUAAAAACUGUUAUUAAUU